GGGGUAUGUAAACACGUAACAUCAUUUAUUAUACGUUUCUAUUAUUAGCGCCGCGCAUUUCUUAAUGAAAAGAAUAAUGGCUGGGUCAAUUAUUUAAAUUGAAUGGUAAUAUGAGAUUGGCUUCCGUAAGAUGAAAACCUAGACACAGGAACUUGCUAAAUGAAUUUUCCACCGUCUGAUGUCAUAAUAUCAUAACGUUUCAUUAUUUCCCCCCCCCGCAUUCUUUUAGACUUUAUAUUGACAAAGUUCGCACGUAAAUGGUGGACUAUCCUCUACAAAAAUAAGCCACCGGUUAUAGCCCCCGUGUGCGAGUGUGAAUCGAAAGUGAGUUUCUACUAUCCUCAACUUGACGCUCAAUAGUUUGCAUCUUCACGCGCUCUCAUACAAGGCCUCAGGGGGGGGGCGUCAAAGUGGCUAGUGUAUAAAAAGCUUUGGCGGCUUACGUGAUCUCGUCCCAGGCGCCCCUUAAAAAGGGAAAUUCAAACCGGAUACAAACUAUAGCGAAAACACAUUUGUGACCCUUUGGGAUUUUUUUUUUUCAAAACAUUGUGUCAUUGACUUUCGUAUGUGCCGCGUCACGUUAUCAUGGCUGAUCAAGUCGGCGGUAUUCAAAUCAUCGUUACGCCAAAUUGUCCGGUUGGCAACGUUGGCUCACAAGUUGAAACGAGUCCAGAAAGUGCGUCGUGCUUGCUGGAUCCUAAUGCCGGAGUGGGCGAGUGCGGUCGAUCCAUCAUCAGCAACGCGUCCAGCAACAUCAGUUAUCAGCAAAGACAACGUCGAGCUCAGUGGAGAGGCAUUGGAUCUUCGUGCAUGUGGAACGCCUUUCGGGCCAGCCUCAUUGGCCUUUUCUUGUUCGUCUCCGGAUGCGUCGUCGUUUUAGUUGGUUUCUAUUCGGAGUUUGCUUCAAUUGAACUGGCAGUCAACUUCAAUCAGACGGUCUCUUUAGUCGACCCGGAGUCACAAAAACGUCGAGUUAAAUCGUCUUACUCUUACAUCGGACCUGUUCUCAUCGGAAUCGGUGUUUUCGUGUUGAUUGGAGUGGGCGUGGCCACUAUGGAGAUGCGUGACAUGACAGCCAAAGUGUUCCCGUUGACGAAACGGCCUUACAGGAAAAACAAAUUGACCGCCGAAGCUCUGGGCACGAUGUUCCAGACACCGACGCAGCAGAUCAUGAAAGAGAUGACGGCCAACAGUAAAAAACCAGAUCGUCUGACGAGCUUCCGCACUGUUGGAACACAGACAUUUCGACCUCGUUUAUGGUCUUGGUCCAGACCCAGGCCGCCUCGUCGUUUCAUGUUUCACGGCAAAAUGAUUUGCCGAUCGUGCCAACAGCUUUGCACGCCCAAAAGCCAACAGAAUGCCAUCCUUCCAGCGACGUUCGUCCACAAACGUGGGCGACGAUGGCGUUGUCGCCGGAAAUUGCUACUCAUCCACUCACUAGCAGCCAACUCGUUGGCUGUUUCUUGUCCCCAGCUUGACACUGUUAGCUAAUCAACUCUACAUCUACUAAUUGUUGUUGCUCUCGUGUUUGGUAAUGGCUCAGGUACCAGGUUUGGACUUUCAAUGUCUUUCUUCCCUCCCAGAAAGAAUGUUUAAGACAAGUUUAAUGUGAGUGCAAUCACCUUUAGAUGCGGAACAUCAAAUAAAACUAACGGGCAAACGUUCCAGGAAUAGGAGGGACGAAAUGGAUUUCUUCCAAAUUUGAAUUUAUUUACUCGAAAUCUAAAGAGAAGAGAAUCUCUGUUAACAAUUAAGACCUGUCUACAACGAUGACAGUGCUAAUAAACAAAAGAUAAACUGGACGUUGGAAAGUGCAAGUGAACUGCAAUGCUACGUAUUAGCAGAGAUGCCAAAAUAGUACAGAGAACGUACCUCGCGUGUCAGCUCGGCGCCUUCUUUUUUUUUCCCCGAUAUGCUUUUGUUUUGUUGUGAGAUACAUAAAAAAAAGAGAGAGACAGAGAAAAGAAUGUUUCUUCUUUUAGCUCUAGACGGAAUUUUAUUUUGUACACAGCCAAAUCUGGCUUAAUGUCGGUAUUGUGGUCGAUCAAUAAACUCGGAUUGACGGAUGGAA